GUAACGGCCAUGUUAAAGCUGAACAGCUGGAUUGCAAAGCAGACACAUGUAGCUCUCCAACAACAGACAACACCACUGACCACUGUUCUCUUUGAUGAAAUUACCAUGGCAACACAGAAACUGAAUGUGAUGAAAGAUCACUGGCAAUUUUUUUUUUGACUAUGACAUCACAAAGUAGUUUAGAGUGUUGAGUCAGGGUAGGCUGUAAACCACAAAAGCCAACAAGCAGCUCACAGAUCCAGACCUGAGACACAACCGUGUGGAAAAAGACUUUGCGAAUCGCUUUUAAUUCUUUUAAACCUAACAAUGUCAUCAGCAUUAGCAACGACUUUUUCAAAAAUGUGGACUAAACUAACAGCACCAAAGCUCAAGAGCUGUUUAAAGAGCCCAUGGAAAGAUUCUGAGGGAAUCCCAAAGAAGAAAGUGAAAUUUAAUUCGAUGGUCGAAAUAUGUUACUUUACUAGAAAGGAGAAGGAGUCCGUACCAGAAGUUGGGGGCUCUAAUCAGCUCCAGUACCCGACUACAACUGAGCGAAACCUCCUCCCAUCUGCCCGAGUUAUGAUGAAAGAGGAGGAAUAUGAUAAACAGCGCAAGGUGAAGAAGCAGCCUGUUGAGACUAAUAGAAGGAAGAGGCCGCUCUGGGAGCAGAGAUGGAGAAAACAGACUAAAGAUUACAUCAGGAUAUCUGAGGCAGAGCUCGAAGAACUGAAUAACACCCCGAUACAUUCAGUUCCACUUUCAUUAAGACAUUUAAAAAAAGAUGACAUAAUAAUUCAAGAUCUAAAGAACCAGCUGAAUGAAGCAGGUAACCACCACCUGCGUCAUGCCUCCAUAUCCCUGGACCUUGUGGACACCUUGUCGGAAGAUGAGGAUGAGUUGAAGACAUUAGAGGCUCAGUUGGAGGAAAGUGCCUCCAAACUUAGAGCUCAGGAGGACAAUAGUCAGGCGCUGCAGAAGGAGGUGGAGGACCUCAGAGAACAGCUUCAAAGGAGGGAACCAAUCAGUCCCACUACAGAGACAGUCAAACCAAGACAUGAGAUAGUUGAGGAAGACUCUGAGACGAUCCAAGAAGAACAUCCAGUGGACAAGGAGGAAAAACAGACAAAGCUCAAGAGCUAUGUAAAGCACCCAUUGAAAGAUUCUGGGGAAAUCCUAAAGAACGGAGGGCAAUUUAAUUCUGUGGUCAGUGUAUGUUCCUUUACUAGUAAGGAGGAGUACGUGACUGCAACUGAGGGAAACCUCCUCCCAUCUGCCCGAGUUAUGAUGGAAGAGGAUGAAUACCAUAAACAGCGCAAGGUGAAGAAGCAGCGCAAGGUGAAGAAGCUGCGCAAGGUUAAGACUAAUAGAAGGGAGAGCCAACCCUGGGAGCAGAAAUGGCGAAAACAGACUGAAGAAUACAUCAGGAGAUAUGAUGCUGAACUCGAUGUACUGAAUAGGAUCCUGAUAUUUUCGGCUAGAGAUACAAAAGGACGUGGCUUAAAGAUUAAAAAUCUAAAGAAGAAGAUGUAUGAUGGAAUGUACCUGCACCUGGUUCAUUGCUCCAGAUCCUUGAAUCUCGUGGACACCAUCAAAGUCCAACAUGAGCAGAAGUGGAAGACAUUAGAGGCUCAGUUGGAGGAAAGUGCCUCCAAACUUAGAGCUCAGGAGGACAUUAGUCAGGCGCUGCAGAAGGAGGUGGAGGACCUCAGAGAACAGCUUCAAACGAGGGAACCAAUCAGUCCCACUACAGAGACAGUCAAACCAAGACAUGAGAUGGUUGAAGAAGACACUGAGACAAUCCAAGAACCUCAGAUGGUCCAGGAAGAACAACAGACUGUCCAGGAGGAACCUCAGAUGGUCCAGGAAGAACAACUUGAGCAUAAGUUGAAGACAUUAGAGGCUCAGUUGGAGGAAAGGGCCUCCAAACUUAGAGCUCUGAAGGACAUUAGUCAGGCGCUGCAGAAGGAGGUGAAGGAGGUCAGAGAACAGCUUCGAAGGAGGGAACCAAUCAGUCCCACUACAGAGACAGUCAAACCAAGACAUGAGAUGGUUGAAGAAGACCCUGAGACAAUCCAGGAAGAACAUCCAGUGGACAAGGAGGAAAAACAGACAGUCCAGGAAGAACAACAGACAGUCCAGGAGGAACCUCAGAUGGUCCAGGAAGAACAACAGACUGUCCAGGAGGAACCUCAGAUGGUCCAGGAAGAACAACAGACUGUCCAGGAGGAACCUCAGAUGGUCCAGGAAGAACAACAGACUGUCCAGGAGGAACCUCAGAUGGUCCACGAAGAACAACUUGAGCAUAAGUUGAAGACAUUAGAGGCUCAGUUGGAGGAAAGGGCCUCCAAACUUAGAGCUCUGGAGGACAUUAGUCAGGCGCUGCAGAAGGAGGUGAAGGAGGUCAGAGAACAGCUUCGAAGGAGGGAACCAAUCAGUCCCACUACAGAGACAGUCAAACCAAGACAUGAGAUGGUUGAAGAAGACCCUGAGACAAUCCAGGAAGAACAUCCAGUGGACAAGGAGGAAAAACAGACAGUCCAGGAAGAACAACAGACUGUCCAAGAAGAACCUCAGAUGGUCCAGGAAGAACAACAGACUGUCCAAGAAAAACCUCAGACGGUCCAUGACGUACAUUCCAUGAUCGAGGAGGAACAACAGACUGUCCAGGAAGAACAGGCUGUCCAGGAAGACCCUGAGACGAUCCAAGAAGAACAUCCAGUGGACAAGGAGGAAAAACAGACAGUCCAGGAAGAACAACAGACUGUCCAGGAGGAACCUCAGAUGGUCCAGGAAGAACAACUUGAGCAUAAGUUGAAGACAUUAGAGGCUCAGUUGGAGGAAAGGGCCUCCAAACUUAGAGCUCUGAAGGACAUUAGUCAGGCGCUGCAGAAUGAGGUGAAGGAGGUCAGAGAACAGCUUCGAAGGAGGGAACCAAUCAGUCCCACUACAGAGACAGUCAAACCAAGACAUGAGAUGGUUGAAGAAGACCCUGAGACAAUCCAGGAAGAACAUCCAGUGGACAAGGAGGAAAAACAGACAGUCCAGGAAAAACCUCAGACGGUCCAUGACGUACAUUCCAUGAUCGAGGAGGAACAACAGACUGUCCAGGAAGAACAGGCUGUCCAGGAAGACCCUGAGACGAUCCAAGAAGAACAUCCAGUGGACAAGGAGGAAAAACAGACAGUCCAGGAAGAACAACAGACUGUCCAGGAGGAACCUCAGAUGGUCCAGGAAGAACAACUUGAGCAUAAGUUGAAGACAUUAGAGGCUCAGUUGGAGGAAAGGGCCUCCAAACUUAGAGCUCUGAAGGACAUUAGUCAGGCGCUGCAGAAUGAGGUGAAGGAGGUCAGAGAACAGCUUCGAAGGAGGGAACCAAUCAGUCCCACUACAGAGACAGUCAAACCAAGACAUGAGAUGGUUGAAGAAGACCCUGAGACAAUCCAGGAAGAACAUCCAGUGGACAAGGAGGAAAAACAGACAGUCCAGGAAAAACCUCAGACGGUCCAUGACGUACAUUCCAUGAUCGAGGAGGAACAACAGACUGUCCAGGAAGAACAGGCUGUCCAGGAAGACCCUGAGACGAUCCAAGAAGAACAUCCAGUGGACAAGGAGGAACACGAGGAGAAUAUCUCUCUCUGGAGGAGGUUCAAAAAAUUUCUCACUCCAAAACACAAACGUUUAUAUAAGUCCAAACGCAUGAAGAAAGAGAAGGAAGAGGCCAGUGUUUCCAUGUGAAGAAUCUUGUAGUUUCUGACUGCCAGGACUUCACUUGUUGACACGUCUGGGUUUUCCCCGGGUACUCCGGUUAGCCCACACAGUAAAAGUUUGAUUUUUUUUUGUAUCUUUACCGAUUGAAAAAAAUAAAAUGAUUGGAAAAAAAAAAA